GGCCUCAGUAAAAUAAGUGAUAGUAGUUCAGUGACUGGCGCUAUGGUUGGAUCGAGGCUUGUAGGACUAGUUCUAGCAGUCAGUUUUCUGAACUCUCAAGACACUGCAGCAGAGCCAGAGGUAAACUAUAUUCCUAAUGAGUCUGUCUGUUGUAAUGAAAAUUCAUGCAAGAGGUCGUUUGACAAAAACUACGGAGCUAUGGAACCAUUCUUGACCAGCCUUCAUUCGAGUAUACAUAAAGCAGAGUUAGAAUUAGCCAACCCCAAUGACUACCCGCCACACUACAAUGUGGGACAUGAGGAACAGUUUGAUUUUAUAGUGGUAGGGGCGGGUUCAGCCGGAUCUGUAGUGGCAAGUAGGCUGUCAGAGGUGGGUGACUGGAGAGUGCUACUAGUAGAGGCUGGUGGAGACCCUCCUGUGACGUCAGAGAUUCCAUCGCUAGCUGCGUUUCUACAUGAUACUGAAGUCGACUGGCAGUACAAAACAGAUGCUGACGAGGAAAACUGUCUAGGAAUGGUAGGGAACCAAUGUAAGUGGCCAAGAGGAAAGGUUUUAGGUGGAUCGAGUACUAUAAAUUACAUGAUGCAUACACGAGGACAUCCGAAAGACUUUGACAGUUGGGCAGCUGCGGGAAACAAAGGGUGGAGCUACGAAGAGGUCUUGCCGUACUUCAAGAAAUCAGAAAACUUGGACGAUCCUUUGAUUUGGGCAACGGAGGACGCUAAAAUAUUCCAUAAUAGUGAUGGUUUGCUGACGGUUGGCUCAUGGGCUGAGAAUGAAAUGAAAGAAGCUAUAGAAGUUGUUGCAGAAGGUCUAGCAGAUAUCGGAUACCCAUUCAAUGCAGAUCUCAAUGGAAAAAAUCAUUCUGGAUUUACAAAAAUGUCAGGAGCCAUAAGAGAUCAAAGAAGAUGCUCUUCUGCAAAAUCUUUUCUAACACCUGCCAAAAAUAGGAGAAACCUAUUUCUUUCCAAAAACUCACUUGUUACCAAGAUAUUAAUGGAUAUUCAACACAACAAGGUUUAUGGAAUACACCUUAUGAACAAAGAAGGUAAGAUUAUUGAAGUAAAAGUGAAAAAAGAAAUCAUUGUAUCAGCUGGAGCUAUCAAUUCACCACAACUUCUCAUGCUCUCAGGUAUAGGGCCCGAGCGGCACUUACAAGAAUUAGGAAUUCCAGUAAUAAAGAAUUUACCAGUUGGAGAGAAUCUUCAAGACCACAGCUUAAUGGCCACUAUAGCUUUGACGUUGAAUUUAAGCAUUACGUUUUCUCCAUUUAACGAUCAAGACACAUUCAACUUUCUUUUUAAAAAACCGGGCAGUCUAUCUAGUGCGGGCCUCCCAUACGCAGCCUUCAUAAAUAUAGACGCAGACGAUUACCCUAACAUGGAGCUACUUCAAAGCUACAACCCCAAAAAUAACACAAACUCUGUUAAGCUAAUGUUACAAAAAUCGUUCAACUUCAAAGAUGAAUUAUUGGCCGAUUUUAUAAAUAUCAACAAAAUGGACUAUACAAUCAUUUUACUUGCCUCGAUGCUGAGACCGUACAGUAGAGGAAGAAUUUUGUUGAAAAGUGACCAGCCAAAUACCUACCCUCAGAUUAUUGCAGGGACAUUUACUGAUCAGCGUGAUGUUGAAACGUAUCUUAAGGUUUAUGAUUUUAUUUCAAGGCUAGUUGAUACUCAAGCUAUGAGGAAUGUUGGGGCAAAGUUCCACGAAAUCAAGGUCCCAGGGUGUAGUCAACAUGAGUUUGCUUCUCGUGCGUACAGGGAAUGUGCUAUGAGACAUCUCACAGGGACUACCUACCACUACAGUGGGACUUGCAAGAUGGGUCCUGCCAGGGACUCCUCAGCAGUAGUGGACCCUACUCUCAGGGUACAUGGUGUAGAAGGCCUCAGAGUCGCUGAUGCUUCAGUCAUGCCUACCGUCGUCUCUGGCCAUCCCAACGCCGCCAUCGUCAUGAUUGGUGAGAAAGUGGCAGACCUGAUUAAAGGGGAUUGGUCAUGAUACUAACAUAAAAGUAUUUUAGAAGUAGAAUUUUGAUUUAGAAAUAGAUUUGUAUACUUAUAACUCUCAAAGAGCGAAAUCGGUUGACUUAGAUUGGUUUUUAAUGUACUAGUGAACUUGCAUUAUAAUAAUUUGCUCCAAGUACAAAUAUGUUUUAAUAUUUGUUAACAUACGUUGUGUAUAUAAUAACACUCUGCAUUUUUCAUAAUCAUGUGUAUACAUAAUUUGUAAUUAAAGACACUUUUUUCAUAAGCAUUUAAUGUUCAUUUAGCCAUUUACUAGUAAUACUCACAGCUGGUUUAAAAUACGAAUGUUUAUUAGGACU